AUGAAUUCUGGAGAUUACAACUCCAUAAAUCUUGAUGAAGUUGAAUUCGUCAUCGACGAAACACAAAGUGAUCCAUUCCAGGAUCAUAGUUCAUAUGUAGAGUUUGAAGACAUUUCAACCGAUUUCGGUAAUCCGGAAGGAGGUUUUGCUAGUAGAGAGGACAUGGAUGCUCAUGUAAGAUAUGUUGCUGGCUUGAGGAACGUUACUUUGGCAAUUCGUGAUUCGAAGGGAAAAGACGGCCGACGGCCCAAAGUUCGAUAUUUAUGUAGCCAAGGUGGCGGAUACAGACCAAAAAAGGUUACUGGAACUAGGUCCACUAAAACGACAAAAAAUAAUUAUCCAUUUUGGUUGGACGGAAUGGACUACCCUGGAGGGCGCUGGUACUUUGAAGUCCGGGGGGGGAGACACAACCAUCCAUUCCUGUCUCAUGCUGUGGGAUCUCGUUUAGGUACAAUAUCCCCUAUUCAACUUGAAGUUAUUAGGGAGCAAGAGAAUUUUAAUUUAAGCCCGAGUAAUAUGUUGGUGUCCAUGAAAAGGGCUGAUCCGGAGAACAAAUCGUGUCAGAAACAAGUUUACAAUGCUGUUAGUAAGGUGUGUGCUCAGAAAAGAGAAGGUCGGACCCCGAUGAAUAAUUUCAUCCAUUUACUCAGGCAAUUGAACUACAUAUACGACGUUUGGACUGCUGAUGAAUCUUCCGAACUUGGAGAUAUUGUUUUCUGCCACCCGGCUUCUUUUGUGAUGGUGAAUGUGUAA